AAAAUUAUAAAAAAGAAGAUGGAGGAGGUCCACACAAAGAACAAUCAAAUUGUAGCAUGUGAUUUAGAGCUCUGUUUCCAUCUCAACUUCAAGACAAUUCAAAGCUCCCUUCAAUUGACUUUGGUCGCAUCUGUCAUCAUGGCCAACGAGUUCCAAGCUCAACAUGGAGACUGGACGUACGAUGUUUUCUUAAGUUUUAGAGGCGAAGAUACUCGAAAAAACUUCACAGAUCAUCUCUACUACGCAUUGAAAGAUGCAGGCAUCAAUGUCUUUCGAGACGACCCAGAGCUCCAACGAGGCGAAGACAUAAGUUCGGGGCUGGAGCGAGCAAUCGAAGGAUCGAAGGUGGCAGUUAUCGUAUUCUCGGAAAGGUAUGCGGAGUCGGGAUGGUGUUUGGAGGAGUUGGUAAAGAUCAUGGAGUGUAGAAGGACUUUGAGACAAAUGGUUUUGCCAGUAUUUUAUAAUGUGGAUCCUUCAUGUGUGAGGAAGCAAAAGGGUGAAUUUGAAGAGGCUUUUGUUAAGCAUGAAAAGGGUAAGGAUAUUGAUAAAGUUCGUAGGUGGAGAAUGGCUCUCACUGAAGCUGCUAAUGUAGCUGGUUUGGGUUUGACACAAAAUGCAAAUGGGUAUGAGGCAGAAUUCAUAAGGUCAAUUGUUAAAAUGAUAUCAAAGGAGGUGAAGAGCAAUUACUUAUUCAUAGCUCUCUAUCCAGUGGGAAUUGAAUCAAGAAUCAAACUUGUUUUACCACAUCUUCAUAUUGGUUCAAAUGAUGAUGUUAAGUUUGUAGGAAUUUUGGGGAUUGGAGGUUUGGGAAAAACCACCAUUGCAAAAGCACUUUACAAUCAACUUCAUCACAACUUUGAAGCUGCAUGCUUCCUUGCUAAUAUCAAACAAACCCCCAACCAACCCAAUGGUCUAGUUCACUUACAAAAACAACUCCUCUCUUCGAUUACAAAUUCCAGUAACAUCAAUUUCGAAAACAUGGAUCGAGGAAUCGUUGUGUUGCAAGAAAGCCUUCGUCGCAAAAAGCUUCUUUUGAUAUUAGACGAUGUAGACAAAAUAAGCCAAUUAACUGCAUUAGCAACAAGACGUGAAUGUUUCGGUUCAGGUAGUAGAAUUGUCAUAACAACUCGACAUCGACGUUUACUAAACCAGAUUGAAGUAGAUGGAAUUUGUUCCAUUGAUGUAAUGGAUGACGCUGAAGCGCUCCAACUCUUUAGUUGGCAUGCCUUUCACAAUAGUUAUCCUUCAGAAACUUUUCAUCAACUUUCAAAACGUGUUGUUAAUUAUUGUGGAGGAUUGCCAUUAGCCCUUCAAGUGUUGGGCUGUUUCCUUUUUGGCAGAAGUAGAGAAGAAUGGCAAGAUACAUUGAAGAAUUUGAAGAAAAUUCUAGAUGAUCAAAUUCAAAUAAAGCCUAAAAUAACCUUUGAUACCCACAAUGAUCACACUUGUAAAGAUAUAUAUCUUGUGAACCAAAUGUUAGAUGGGUGGGGAUCUUUUCCAAGAAUUGGUGACAUAAACAGAUUAGUGACAAGUGAUUUGUUAAGAGAUCAUACCCAACUUUUUCUUCCGAAGGAAGUGCGCCUUUCUGUACUUGGACCAAAGGUCUCAGGUGAUCAAAGAACCAUGCCCCAAACUGAAUACCUUGGUAUCUCAUUCCCAGAAGACUCGCAUUCACAGACACAAUUGCUUUUGGGUGCUCCCCAUGACAAGCUUCACGGUGCGGAUGAUAACAACGGCAGAAGCAGAAGCGAAAAAGUUCUAACCAAUGUGACAAGGGAGAUGAACAGAAAUAAGUGGACAAUUUCCUGCAUAGUUACUGUUCUUGUUAUUGCUAUCAUUCUCAUAUUAUACUUCAAACCAAGAUGGGUAUUGUCAUGGAAUAGUUGUUAUCCUUGUUUGUUAGUUGGGUUUCUUCCGUUGCUUGCAUCCGACGCCAUGGCCGACGAGCUCCGACCUCAACACGGGAAUUGGACUUACGAUGUUUUCUUGAGUUUUAGAGGUGAAGAUACUCGCAAGAACUUCACUGAUCAUCUCUACUACGCAUUCAAAGAUGCAGGCAUCAAUGUGUUUCGAGACGAUCCAGAGCUCGAACGGGGUGAAGACAUAAGUUCGGAGCUCGAGCGAGCGAUCGAAGGGUCGAAGGUGGCAGUUGUCGUAUUCUCGGAAAGGUAUGCGGAGUCGGGAUGGUGUUUGGAGGAGUUGGUAAAGAUCAUGGAGUGCAGGAGGACUUUGAGACAACUGGUUUUCCCAAUAUUUUAUAAUGUGGAUCCUUCAUGUGUGAGGAAGCAAAAGGGUGAAUUUGAAGAGGCUUUUGUUAAACAUGAAGUGCGUUAUUUUAGGGAUAUUGAUAGAGUUCUUAAGUGGAGAAUGGCUCUCACUGAAGCUGCUAAUUUAUCUGGUUGGGAUUUGAGAAACAUUGCAAAUGGACAUGAAGCGAAGUUCAUAAGGUUGAUUGUUGAAAAGGUAUCAAAGGAGGUGAACAGUAAAUACUUAUUCAUAGCUCUUUAUCCAGUGGGAAUUGAAUCAAGACUCAAACUUCUUUUAUCACAUCUUCAUAUUGGUUCAAAUGAUGUUAGAUUUGUAGGAAUUUUGGGGAUGGGAGGACUGGGUAAAACCACCGUUGCAAAAGCACUUUACAACCAGCUUUAUCACAACUUUGAAGCCAAAUGUUUCCUUUCCAAUAUCAAAGCUGAAACCUCCAAUCUAAUUCACUUACAAAAACAACUCCUCUCUUCCAUCACAAAUUCUACCAACAUCAAUCUUGGAAACAUCGACCAAGGAAUCGCAGUGUUGCAAGAAAGACUUCGUUGCAAAAGGCUUCUUCUGAUAUUAGACGAUGUAGACGACUUAAGCCAGUUAACUGCAUUAGCAACAACUCGUGAUUUGUUUGCUUCAGGUAGUAGAAUUAUCAUAACAACUCGAGAUCGACAUCUGCUAAAUCAGCUUGAAGUAGACGAAAUUUGUUCCAUCGAUGAAAUGGAUGACGAUGAAGCACUUGAACUCUUUAGUUGGCAUGCUUUUCGCAAUAGUUAUCCAUCAGAAACCUUUCAUCAACUUUCGAAACAAGUGAUCACUUAUUGUGGAGGAUUGCCAUUAGCUCUCGAAGUGUUGGGUUCUUUCCUUUUUGGUAGAAGUAGAGAAGAAUGGGAAGAUACACUGAAGAAAUUGAAGAAAAUCCCAAACGAUCAAAUUCAAAAAAAGCUUAAAAUAAGCUUUGAUGGGCUAAACGAUCAUACUUACAAAGAUAUAUUUCUCGACGUGUCAUGUUUCUUUAUUGGAAUGGAAAGAAACUACGUUGAACAAAUAUUAGAUGGGUGUGGAUUUUUUCCAAGAAUCGGAAUUAGUGUUCUUCUUCAAAGAUGUCUAUUAACAAUUGGAGACAAAAACAGAUUAAUGAUGCAUGAUUUGUUAAGAGAUAUGGGGAGAGAAAUUGUUCGUGAAAAUUUUCCAAAAUACCCUGAGAGACAUUCAAGACUUUUUCUUCAUGAGGAAGUGCUUUCUGUUCUUACAAGACAAAAGGGAACUGAUGCAACUGAAGGCCUAAGUUUGAAGUUGCCAAGAUUUAGCAAGCAGAAGUUGAGCACAAAAGCAUUUAAUGAAAUGCAAAAAUUGAGGUUACUUCAACUUAAUUUUGUUGAUGUAAAUGGAGAUUUCAAGCAUAUUUCUGAAGAGAUAAGAUGGGUUUGUUGGCACGGAUUUCCUUUGAAGUUUUUGCCUAAAGAAUUUCAUAUGGACAAAUUGGUUGCUAUGGACUUGAGAUAUAGCCAAAUCAGAUUCUUUUGGAAGGAGUCUAAGUUUCUCAAGAAUUUGAAGUUUCUUAAUCUAGGCCAUUCUCAUUACUUAACCCACACUCCAAACUUCUCCAAACUCCCCAAUCUAGAGAUACUCAGCCUCAAAGACUGCAAGAAUUUGAUUGAAUUGCACCCUACAAUUGGAGAAUUAAAAGCCCUCAUUUCCCUAAACUUAAAAGAUUGCAAAUCCCUCAAUUCACUUCCAAAUAGUUUCUCAAACUUAAAAUCCUUACAAACUCUCAUUAUUUCAGGUUGUUCAAAGCUCAAUAGUUUGCCAGAAGAUUUAGGCGAAAUUACAUCAUUAAUAACUCUAAUAGCUGAUAACACACCAAUCCAAAAAAUCCCUAACACAAUUAUAAACUUAAAAAACCUCAAAUAUUUAUCUUUAUGUGGGUGCAAAGGGUCACCAUCAAAAUCAUCAUUCUCUUCAAUGAUUUGGUCUUGGAUUUCACCAAAGAAAUUAUCUCAAAACUACACAUCAAUUCUUCUCCCUUCUUCAUUACAAGGCUUAAACUCCUUAAGAAAAUUAUGCCUUAAAAAUUGUAACUUGUCAAAUAACACAAUUCCAAAAGAUAUCGGGAGUUUGAGUUCUUUGAGAGAAUUGGAUUUGAGUGAGAAUUUAUUCCACAGUUUGCCAUCAACUAUCAGUGGCCUUUUGAAACUUGAGACACUUUUGUUGGAUAAUUGCCCUGAACUUCAAUUUAUACCAAAUUUGCCACCACAUUUGAGUUCAUUGUAUGCAUCAAACUGUACUUCAUUGGAAAGGACUUCAGAUUUGUCUAAUGUGAAGAAAAUGGGAUCUUUGUCUAUGAGUAAUUGUCCUAAACUUAUGGAGAUUCCUGGCUUGGACAAAUUAUUGGAUUCUAUUAGAGUUAUUCACAUGGAAGGAUGUAGCAACAUGUCCAAUUCCUUCAAGGAUACCAUUCUACAGGGAUGGACAGUUAGUGGAUUUGGAGGAGUAUGUCUUCCAGGCAAAGAAGUUCCAGAUUGGUUUGCAUACAAAGAUGAAGGUCACUCAAUAUUUUUAGAAUUGCCUCAGUAUAAUAAUUCCAAUUUAGAAGGCUUCAUUGUUUGCAUAGUUUACUGUUCUUGUUUUAACAACACAGUCUCAACUGACCUUCCAAGUUUAUCAGUCAUUAAUUACACAAAAUCUUCCAUUACAACCAACAAACCUCUUACCAAUGAUGUAAUAAUGUCAACUCAAGAUCACUUGUGGCAAGGCCAUUUAUCUAACAAAGCCUUCAAGAUGGAACCUGGCGAUGAAGUCGAGAUCAUCGUUGAUUUCGGUGCUGAAAUCACCGUGAAGAAAAUUGGCAUCUCGCUUGUGUUUGACAAGUAUGUCGAUCAAACAAUGUUAGAGUUUGCAUCCACCUCUAAUGAUGAUGAUGUCGUCGUGGAUAACCAAGAUGAAAAUGUAAGUGAAAAGGAUGGAGAAGUUGGGAGCAAGAGAGGUUUUGACGAGAAUGAUGAUGAAGGAUUGAAAAAUUCAUACCAAAUUCCCAAAAGGUUGAAGUGUGAGAUUGAUUCUAACAUGAAAAUUGAUGAGGAGUAGAAGCAAAAAGAAAGAGUCUGAUAUUGAAGUCAUAUUACUCUUAUAGUAUUCUUGAACCUCCAACGUUAACACUGUGAUAUGUCGAUUAUGAUCUUUUAUAAUUUAAUUCUUAUCAACUUGUUUAAGUUUCUAUA